AUGACUACAUCCGCUACGGCAAACUGGGCCGAUUUAUGGGAUCAAGUAGACAUUUUGGCUUCUCAUACACAGAAAGGUAUCGAAAAUUUAGAGAAGUAUGGUAUGUUUCUGAAAGAACGAGCAGCUAUUGAAGAUGAAUAUGCAUCAAAAUUAAGGGCACUAGUCAAAAAGAAUUUAGGAAAGAAAAAGGAAGAAGAAGAAGCGGCAAAGACUUAUACAUUUAUUAGUUCGUUCCAUUCCAUGUUACAUGAAAUUGAAAGUCUUGCCGGACAACAUGAGAUAAUUGCGGAAGGUUUUCGUAAAGACAUUCAUCCAGCUUUAUUGACAAAAUGUGCUGCUCUUCGUACUGCACGUAAAAAUCAUUUGAAUGAGCUGCAUAUUAUUAAUGGUGUUCUGAAUGCCUCCAUCGAUAACAUGAUAAAAUUUCAAAAGAAUUACUGCAAAGCGUUCAGAGAUGCUGAAGUAGCUCAUUUGAAGUACGAUAAAGCGGAAAAAAAUAUGGAUUUAUCUCGAGCAGAUUUGGAAAAAGCUAAGAACAAUGCGAUGCAGAGAACACAGAUGUGUGAAGAUGCAAAACAAAAUUAUGCACAUUCACUUCAGGCUGCAAAUCAACAGCAGCAUCAGCAUUAUAACCAUUUGUUACCACAGAUUUUGGAACGCUUAAGGACUGUAGAUGAAGAAAGGAUAAAUGAAACUAAAUUACUGAUGUUACAAAGUAUUGAAGCAGAAACUAAAGUGAUGACUAUAAUCCAACGAUGCUACGAAGAUAUGAACAAUGCUGCUCUGUCAAUUUCACCAGUAAAUGAUACUGCCAUUGUUGUCGAACAAUAUCGAUCAGGUUAUGCUCAUCCUCAACCGUUUCCAUUUGAGGACUUCGGAUCACCAUCAGCAGUUGUUAAUGGUGAGGGUUCAAGUGGUAUGGACACAAUAAAAAAACCAACAAAAAACGGGUCGAUGGUUCGAAUUAAUCGGAAACCGAGUAUGGGACUUUUUCGAAGCAGCAAUCAAACAAGAAAGGAUGGUACUAGUGAUUUUCGCUCAUUUCCUCCACAACAAAGAUGUCGCAGAUUGCAGCAAGAAAUUGAAACUAUUGAAAAGGAGAUUGCCAAAAAUCAACAAAGUCGUGAGGGUGCUGCAAAAAUGUUACAAGUUUAUAAGGACAAUCCAAAAUUGGGGAAUGCCAAUGAUGUUGAUUCGGAAAUUGCAGUAUAUACAAAGAAAUAUGAAGUUCUUAACCAGCAGCUAACGAAAUAUAAGAUAAUGUUAUCCGAAGCUCAAGCUGAAUUAAAUAUUCCGAUAUCAGUUAUCGGGUAUGUUCAUAGUCCGGUCGCGAUAUCUGAACCACCUGCUAGACCGCCUCCUCCAAAUCACUCAGGAUUUAGCACACCUUCUCAAUUAUCUCCACGUCAAAUAUCUACACCGAAUACUCGAAUAAGCAAUCAUCGUUCAUCAUAUUCGGAAGAAUCUGUUUCAUCUGAUGGUUCAGUUGCUAUCAGUGCUAAUCAAAAAGUGGCAUCUCCUCAGAGCACUAAUAAAACAGCAACAAUAAUUGAAAAGUCAGAAGUAUACGAAGAAUGUGAUAUGCCAGCGUUAGGUACUUGCAUGGCACUGUAUGCCUUCGAGGGUGGUAGUGAAGGGACAAUGGCUAUGGAAGAAGGCGAGGAGAUGAUUUUAUUGGAACGAGAUGAAGGAGAUGGUUGGACUCGAGUUAGGCAUGUUUCCUCAGCACGUGAAGGUUUUGUUCCUACUUCUUACUUACAGUGUAGGUGGUAUCCUGAUUAA